CACAAUGGCACGACUUUAUAUGUAUUUGGCAGCGUUCACUUUGCUUCUGUCCGACAUAACUAUGCGUGUGCAUGCCUCUCGAUGUGAGAGACGUACGAACUUCUGCGAGGCCUGUGAAGGUACCGGAGCUAUAGGCGACGUCGAUCAGGCCAUCACGUCCACACUAGCGGCGCCAAUGAAGGAUGAAAUCAAUAUCGCUCUCUAUCACCUCAAGACAUCUAUAGAUAUAAAAUUGACUGACCUUAGAGAUACACACAGGCCAGUCGACUCGGAGUGUGAAGUUGGCGGUGAAGGAUCUGUACCACGACAGAUGAACAUGAACGACUACCUGAAAGUACUAUUUAAAAAAAUUACACACAUAGCUGUCAAAACAGAAUAUGCUGACUGUAAGCUUGAGGAGGGGCGAUCUGGGAACUAUGUUGAUGUACGAGACAGCACCAACAGAGUGGUGUGUGCACUCCUCCGCAGAAAUCGCGCAUUACGUUACCAACGCAAACUGUGCUCACCUCGUUACUGCCCACUUCCAUUUCAAUCGCAGGCAACCAACUCGGAGAAAAUCGAAUUUGAGAGAUGCACACUUUUAGAGAGUUCCCGUAUUUUGAACGGUCUGAUUGACUCUUGGGAAGAAUGUAUCAAUGACAAUGACGAAACAUACACAUGCACCACAUCUAUAAGACGAAGGUCCAGACGUCACAACAAGGGUAAAAAGGGAGGACGACGGGGCCGACGGGGCCGACGUGGCCGACGUGGACGCAAAGGCAACAAAAGUCGGCAGGCAAUGCGCAAAAGAUGUAUGAAGAAAACCGGGAAACUUCGCAGACGAUGCCUACGUAAACUGAAGAAGAAAUACAAUCUGUAAAUUAUGAUUAACAAAAUGAUAUUGAACCUGUUAAAGAGGUC